AAAGGAUCUUGCCCGUUAAACUUCAAACGUUAAAGCCUGGCGUCUGAUUCGUGUCCAGCGGUCACCGUUUCACUGUUUGUCGGCGUUAGCUGGCUAGCAUGGCAGCAGCGGUGUCCGGCUAACGACGCUAGCUGAAGCUGUCUGUGGAUGGAUUAGCACGCUCAAGUGGUGAUCUAAAUAUUAUCCGGAUAAUAGUUCCAAAACAUCCGCAGGCACCGGAGUGUGAUGUAGCCGGUUAGCACGGAGCUAACUCAGCUGCCGGGUCUGAAACGGAUCGUGUAUUUAGCCGGCAUGGAUGCGAUGUAAGCUAACAGUUGGACUGGUCUGCCAGGUCUGUAGUUCUCUGGACGGAGCCUGCCUGCCGAGUUGUGUCAAGUGCCUCUCCCCAGCAGAAGCUUGGUCCUCCCGGGCCAGGGAACGGCAGAACUCCACGCCGCCGUUCAGGCCCAGGCUCCGCGAUGAGAUGAGAUGAGAUGCGUCGGACCGGAGGGCCGAUCCACAUCCCGAGUCCCGUUAAUCCGUGCUAAGCAUGAUGGAUGUGUGCUGUAGGAAUCCAAACCGCACGGCGCCGGUCGGCGAGGACGGCCCACAGCGAGCCGACGUGCCGCUCUGCUCCCGGACCAACGGCUGGAGCUGGCCGCCGCACCCCUUCCAGCUGCUGGCCUGGCUGCUCUACGUCUACUUCGCCGUCACCGGCUUCGGCGUGUUCGUCCCCCUGCUGCCGGCUCAUUGGAUCCCUGCAGGCUACAUCUGUACGGGCAUCAUGUUCGUCUGCCACCUGGGAGUCCACGUGAUGGCCGUGUCCGUCGACCCGGCCGACUACAACGUCAGAACAAAGAGCAACAAAGGUCCGGUCCCCGUGUUCGACCGCUCCAAACACGCUCAUGUCAUCGAGAACUGCCACUGCUACCUCUGCCAGGUGGACGUGGGUCCAAAGUCAAAGCACUGCAGUGCCUGUAACAAGUGUGUUGCCAACUUUGAUCAUCACUGUCGGUGGCUCAACAACUGUGUGGGGAGCAGAAACUACAAGUUGUUCCUCCACAGUGUGGUCUCGGCUCUGAUGGGGGUCUGUCUGGUUCUGGUCGUUGCCUCCUACGUCUUCGUUGAGUUCUUUCUGGACCCGUCCAAACUCCGCACUGACAAACACUUCCUGUCCAGGAAUGACACAGGUGUGUGGUUCGUCUUCCUGCCGGUGGCUCCCGUCAGCUCGACAGCAGCAGUGAUUCCUGGUCUGGCUGCUGUCACCAUCGCUCUGGGUCUGCUGUCAUCUGUGCUGCUCUGUCACCUGCUCUGCUUCCACAUCUACCUGAUGUGGAACAGACUCAGUACCUAUGAGUACAUCGUGCGGCAGCGCCACCGUCAGGACAGCAGAGACUCCAGGAAACUGGGAUCAGUGAAGGAGGCAGCAGCUCCAUCAGUCGACCUCAUUAAGGAUGUGAACUACUCAGGGACUCUGGGUUACACCAACCCUCAGCUGGACAUGGAGGAACGUACCGCUGUGGCUGUGCGGGGGGAGGCAGAGUUCGUGGCUAACGGCAGAGUGAAGACUGUGUCUAGUUCCGUCAUGGAGGGAGAAACUCACUCACCCACUGUGUCGACAGAGCCAAAAGCUGCAGCACACACACACCAACGCACACAGAAGAAGAAGAAGAAGAUCCGUAAAGUUCCGGUAGAGGUGACCAGAGAGCGCUGCCCGAGUACAGCCCCGCCCUCAGUGGAGCCCAGCAGCGUGUCGACUGUGUCCCUUGGUCAGCGACUUCCUUUCCCAGCAUUCCCUCUGCGGGCGUCCCUGCCCCCCCUGGCCCCUUCCUUGGGCCCCGUCCAGGCUGCCGCCCCUCCUGCUGAGUACCACUCUGACUCUGCAGAGUCUCUGGAGGAGAUCCCGGUGGCUUUGGCCAAACUGGGCUCUUCAUCCUCUGCUGCUGCCGCCGCUCCCCGGGACGCCUCCUCGUCUUCACACAGAGUCGGUCCGGCGUUCCCCCCGCCUUCUCCCCAGCCCAGGACUAAGAGGAAGGCCUCCUCCUGCCGCACAAUUAAGGGCACCGCGGAGCUGAGGUUUGAGAUGGCCUCCACCCAACCCCCGACCGUGUUUGUCAGCCGGGCCAGCGGAGAGGCCCCUGAGCCCCGGGAGGAAGACCUCCAUCUGGGCAGGAGGCAGACCAGCUCCGGGCCCGGAUCCAGACCCGCGUCUCACACGUCGCUGGGAUCAGGCGUAGCCUCCUGGAUGGAGCUGGAACCUGUGUAGGCUCUGUUAUCUUUCUAUACUCACCUGCUCGAGCAGCCACGCACAACUAUCUGAACUUCAGACGUUGUUUUGUAUCCGUGACUAUUUAUUGGUUUUGACAACGACUUGACUUUUUCUUUUAUGAAUGCCAAAGGUGAGAUCCUGUCUGUGCACAAUCUUUAUAACUGAAGGAAAACUUUGGUUUCGAACCUUUAAACCUUAACUUUGUACGCCAUUGAAGAGCCGUUUGGUGUGUGUGGAUGUUUGUGUCUCUGCUGGUGUUUCUGCUCCCACUGGUUUUUAUUGUUUCCCAGUGAGCAGUCCCUCACUGCGUCUUCUUGCUGGUCUCCAUGGGAGUCCAGGGCCAGAGGGACGGAGUCAUUUAUAGAGAGCUGAAGUCCUGACAUAACUUCCUGUGUAGCUUCUGGCCCAUCACCACACAGCAGCAACAGCCUCCGAUGUGCUGCUGAAGUACAGUUGUGCUAAUGCUAAUGCUAACACCCAACACUCAUAUUCUGUUCUGUCACAUCUGAAGGACCAAUAUCGAAAAUAAAUGCAAUCUGAAAUACAUAAAAUUCUAGUAAAUUAAAUGAACCAAUGAAUUCAAAAAAUACUUCGAUAAUCAGAACUCAUAACUACAUGUUAUUCCAUCAAUAAAACUCUCAUUAGAGUUUAUUUUAUUUAGUUGUUGAUAUUUUUAUUUUGAAUAAGUCUUUUUCAGAAGACUUUCCACAGCAUUUUUUGACGUUACACAAUAUCACUUUUCAGCCAAUCAAAUGCUUGCAGCGUCUCUUGUCAAGUGCCAUCCUGUUGUUGUUGUUUGUGUAGUGAAAUCCUCUUCUUCUCUUUCUUCCUGAGAACUCGAUGUUCACAUUGAUUCCACUCUCAUGUCUAAGUGUGAAGCCGAUGAGCUUAAUUUAGCGUAACGACUGGGAACAAGGGAAACUCUGGCGCCUUGCCAAUAAGUGGUCCAGCACAUAACCUGUAAAACGUCCGAUUGCUGCUACACCUUUAACAAGAUUACAUGUUAAUCAGUGAGUCUGAGCUGCUGGGAGGUGGGUUUGCUUACCUUUUGGCAGAGCAGGACUAGCUGGCUCUGUGAGAUUGGUCUCAAUCUCAACAUCGAACUCUGAGAGAGAAAGAGAAGAAGAGGAUUUAGCUGUCAGUCUGUGUGUGUUACCUGUGUGUGAUCACCUGGAUGUUUUUUCAGACUACCUGUUCACAUACAGGAUGAAGACUUCAUCUCAAAUGCUUUUGAUUUUUUUCACCUGUUUAACAAUAA